GCUUUUUCACCACUGGGGACGUUAUCGAAUUACAGUUAUUUAAGAAUAUGGUACACAAAUGAUGGCCAUCAGGACAGAGUGUGGGUGGCAAAUCGAACCACACCUAUUACAGGCAACUCUGGAGUGGUCAGAAUGGAUUGCACGUGGAGGUUGAUAAUCACCAGUGGAGGGACAACUAUUGCGAAUGUUUCUGACAAAGGCAUGGCCAAUGCAACAGCUAGACUGGAAGAUACAGGCAACUUUGUUCUGACUGAUGAAACUGGGAAGCUGACGUUGUGGCAAAGCUUUGAUCAUCCUACCAAUUAA